AUGGAUCCCUUCGAGAAGUUUCCUUGCGAGAUUAUGCUGCAGAUUCUCUCCUACGACAACGACUUUGUGGGAAUCAACAGCCUCCUCUCCGUGUCGCCAUGGGUCAACUUGGUCUUCCAAGAGCAACCGCGCAAAAUCACCUUGAGUCUCAUACGAUCAUGCUCCAUCACUUCACUGCCAGAGAUACUGCACCUACUCCGGGAUGUUGUACUUAUCAAAAGUUCUACCAAUCACUGCGCAGACCUCGAGAGCUAUAAGCGCUUAUGCCCUCCUCCUCCUGACAAAAUUGAUAGCCAUCAUGAUCCACUACCCGAGCAGACCACCGUCCCUGAGAUGCUCCAGUUGAUCCAUAUCGCAGCGAACAUCCAGCGCCUAGCAUGUACUUCCCUCCAUGUCAUGCAACGAAACUUCGUCUCCGCGGUAGAACGUUCGUCUUUCCCCGGGGAAACACAACCUGCAGCUGAACCGAUUGUUUGGAUUGAAGAGUACCGCGUACAUUGGGCUCUAUGGCACUUACAGCUGUACUCUAUCUUCCGCAGCACUGCAAUCGACCGCUGGAAAUGGUCGAAAGAGCUUGUCAACAGACUCGACAACAUCUAUGUUACUUCUUACGGGUGGCGCUCGGAUGCCGCGUCAGAGCAGACCUUGACAGUAGCUGCUGUUCUCGCAGACCUGGGGCUUUCUCCAUCAUACGGCGGCUCGAGCUCCGAGUCCAGCGAGGAAGACACCGUGAAGGACGAAAGAGAGAGUGACAAGGAACCCGUCGAAGCAGCCUGGGCCCUCACAAGCAAAUCAGUCCCAUUCUUUGCAUCGAUGGCACUGCCCCCCAGAUCUGAGAAAUCUCCCAUCUGGAGCCCAUCUCCCGCCCCAGACAACGAAUGCAAGUUGGAAAAGAUUUGGGUCAGAGCGCCAGCACAGCGCGUUUCUUCCUCAACCGCGGCAUUGAUGGUGUGCUACUAUACUUCGGAGAGCAUAUUGCGACAAGAAAGCCCAUCGGCCUACCUAGACAUGCGACAAUUCCAACCAUUUCGACGCGUCGGCGUCGUAAUCUGGAAUAACCGGCGCUUGGACUCCGUCGGCUUGCUUCCGAAUAACGGUCGCGGUGAUUAUUACCCGCAUUCUAUUCGUGAUACCAUCGCGAGGUGGCUGGCCUUGGUAGGAAAGCCGCUUUUUAGACCUCUGGAUAGACGAAGGUCUCUCAGUUAUAGGUAA